GAUGUUUGCCUUCGUCCUGCAUGUUGAAAAACUACAUUAACCGUCAACCUUGGUUUGUUAGGCGAAGUCACGGGGUACCACAGGCUACAUACAUAGCGUCUUUGGGCUGAGUAGGUGGGACGCUGGCUGUUUCUGUUGAGGGAUAUUUGAGAAAUGCACGCCGACUAUGUGGAAAUGGCUCGUGCUUGAAUGUCCGGACCGAGACUCAUCUGUGAUGGAAGCUGCACUCAAUAACCGCUGAAAGUGUGGUAUCAACGUUAGCUCAGCAAGCUCGUCAGGAUGCGAUGUGUCUUUCUCCUGAAUCCUGCCUACUUCUUUCUCAAGUUGGACUAGCAGAUCUCAGUUAGGCAACAGCCUAACUGAGAUCUGCUAGUUUGCAGCUGGUGAGAGGCAGUCAUGCCAAGACAGGUGGUGAAUUAUCGGGGAUGGAGCUGGGCUGCUGAGCAAGCAAGAGCCACAGACGGUGCAUUCCUCUGUCAGCCCAUAUCGACAGCAGCAAGGCUGAACAAAGUGUGCCUUUGUGGGGCAAUGACUUUUGGGGUGUCAAGCAGUGUGACGCUGCUGUUCGACUUCUGGGAUGUGCACACCCCUGCAGGGAUGGUGGUGUCAGUGCUGGUGGUCUUGCUUCUGACUGUCUUUUACGAGGUGCUUAAAGUAUGGAGAUUGUGGCUGGGGAAUCCCUCCAAGCUGACCCAGCCUCAGUCUCCAUAUGACGCCCCACCAUCUUCCCGCUGCGACAGCAUCUCUGUCCUGGACUGCAGCCCCUCUGAAUCCUCACUGACCCCUAUAGCAUCAGUCGUUACACCUCAAAGUACCAGGAACAGCUGGUUGUUGCACAUCAUACAGACGGUCCUCCACAUGCUGCAGGUGUCUCUGGCCUACAUGCUGAUGCUGUGCGUCAUGUCCUAUAACACCUGGAUAUUCCUCGGGGUCAUUGCAGGGUCGGUCCUCGGUUAUUUUAUCUCAUUUCCUCUCUUAGGUCGGAUGUGAUGACACAGACAUUUAAUAUAGUGAAAUAAAGUAAAAGCUUUACUUUUUACCACCCGAGGAUCUCUGAGGAUGGAAAAAUUGGUGGAGAAUGAGCUACGUGACACUAAACUUUGCCUAAACCUCAUCUGGAUAUAGAAACUGAAAAUGAUUUUAAGCUUCCAGAAAACAGGAAAUGCUACAUUUUAACAUUUGUCCCUAAUUAACAAAUAACUAAUUUCUGGUACAUAAUGUUAGGAAAAUACUCAGUUUUUCAGUCUAUUAGUUUUACUUCACUUUUAAGUCAGCAGACUAUGUGAGUAAUACCUGUGGAAAAAUCUUUUCUUUUUUUUUUUAAUCUCCAGAAGUAAUAGUUGUUCAAUUCUGCUUUUUUUUUUCUUUUUCUUUUUUUUUUUAAUUGUCUUGAAAAUCUAAACAAUUGAUUUAGAAAGAAGAAGUGCACUGGAGUCACCCAGAGCAUGAUAACACAAAACCCAGAGAUGGGAAGUCUGCACAGCUUGUGGUGUGUUAGGAUGCUAUGUUGUUGUUGUUUGGUUUUUGGUUUUUUUGACAGGGUUUAUUCAUACUGCACCAAUUAGUUUUAUUUUUGUAUUUGCUGUCAAAUGAUUCAAGAUGGAACCUGAUAUUUGAUUCCCGUGUUUUGGACUAAAAUCUUACAGCUAAAUCAGACAUUUACAGUCACGAGUCAUGAGGCAGUAUUGCAUUGCGCUAUAGUCCGUAUGAGGAACUGAUACAUGUGAUUCUCGCUUGUAAAACCUUGUGAAAGGUCAUCUUGGUUUGUUAUUAUUCAUGGUCAUGUGGUUCUGUAGCAAUUGUUUAACCACAAUCAGAAAAGCAAAGUGCCUUGAAGCUGACAGUUGAGACAUGUUUCAGAUGUUCCUA